AUCUUAUAGAGAUAUACACCGGUUCGAACCUGAUACACCGCUCAUAGCAGGAGAGACUCUAUUUGGUACAACCUAGGUCUUGGUUUGGAUUUGCAUUUUGGAGGGGGACGUUAUCAACGAAAUAUCAGGUCAUGGCCAGCAGCUCCCCAAACCCCGCUCGCAUCAUGGUCUGGAGCACGCCGCGGUCGGUGUCGACGGCGUUUGCGCGAUCGAUGUCGGCUCGCGGAGAUACGGAGGUGUUCUGGGAGCCCUACCUGGCCUGUUACUCGUUCGGCCCCGAUCGGGAGAUCCACUGGGGAGAUGAUAUGCCAAAUAUGCUAAAUGACAAGUACACGUACAGUUAUAUCAAGGAGCUUCUGAACGCCGAUUAUCCGGGUGCCAAAGUCCUCUUCGUCAAGGGAAUGGUCGAAGGAAUCCGAGGUCACUUCGACGUCGUCGACCGCGGUUACAAACAUUCCUUCCUCAUCCGCCAUCCGAAGAAGUCCUUCCGCUCUCUUGCGCGCAUCGAGAACGACCUCAAUCUCAACCCGGAUUUCAAUCUAAGCACAUUCAAGGACAUCUAUCACGACCUUGAAAAGUUCUAUCAAUUCGUCCAGACGGAAUUCGGCCAGUCAGCGCCUCCCAUAAUCGACGCAGACGACCUGGUGACAAAACCCGAGAAGAUCCUGCCGAAGUACUGCGAAGCGAUGGGCAUCGAGUACACUCCCAAGAUGCUAGAUUGGGAAAGCGUCAGUGCCGAUCAGCUGAACUGGCACUGCACUGACGUCGGGGACAUCGCCAAUCCGACUCUGAAGGACAGCAUCGUGUUAUCGAAUGCCUUGAAAGGGAAGGGCUUUGGCAAGGCACCCGAUCCUACGAAGGAAUCCUCGAGUCCCGCCAUUGUUGAAGAGUGUGCAGAGCAUGCAUUACCUGCAUACGAAAGGCUCUACGCUAUGCGUAUCCAACCAUAGUUGCCUUGCUAACGAUGAUGUAAGAAAAUACUAACGAUCUUUACGGGACAAUUCAUUUCAGCAAUCAAAGUUGGGGUUCAAUCAAUGGGAACUCCCAAACGCCGUGAUAAAAUGUCAUUGUCGAAAGCUGGUGGGCCGGGACUGCACAUCGUCUUAAAUUUCGAAAAAUUGCAAAUAUGUCGUCUGCGACGACACUGCUGUUUUGAUUCACCGAUUUUCGACAAAGGCUGCUUUGUCAUGAAGGGCUUUUGACAAUAGAUUCUCUACGUUCUAGAAAGUGUCUGGGAAGUAAUUGCUAAAAUAAAGCAUGCAGGGUAUUUUGAUAAGGUGCCAAGCAAGACGAAAGUAAAGGAGAAAUUAAGGAUCGUCAACCUAUUUCUCUUGAUUUGGGGUCCGUUUCAUAAAGAGGCAACUUUGCCGUUAUGGCAGCUACCAUGGUAACCUUGAUUUUGAUUGGCUGCUGGGCCCUGUUGCCAUGGGUAUUUGCCAUGAUGACAAAGUUAGAACAAUUGCAACUCUUUAUGAAGCGGGCCCUUGGACAAUCGAUCAAAGUUUCCGCGUCCAAGAUGCACGAGGUGUAUCCACAAUCACAGUAAAUGUAUUGAAAAUGACCGUCAAAUGACAAUGAACAGUUGGGAGGGGUUUCUACACCGCAACUCAGAAAGGAUUAAAGGACAUAGUAAAUGCAUUGCCAAG